AUGCGAAUUUCAGUUCAAAAGGAAAGAAAGAAGUACUGGAUCAUCAUAAUGAUAUCAGGUUCAAUUUCAGCAAGCAUUCAUUUUUGCAAAUUUCUAACAUUCUUUAAAACUGUCAGGUCUCAACUAGCACUUGGCAAUUUUGUCACAAAAAGACAUACAAAAAGAGCUGCUGGUUCAAAUAUUCGACGGUUCGAAUGGAAUAACACUCUUGAAAAAUCAGCUGAUUCAUUCGCCCGAACCAAUCCAUCAAAACAUUCAAACAUCAAUGACAUUGGAGAAAACCUUUUUUGGCAUUGGUCAACAAAACCAGGAGAUUUCAAUAAUUAUGGCUCACUAGCAGCUGGCUCAUGGAUUCACGAGUUUCAUGAAAAGUAUUGGGAUUCAAAUAUUCUGACAAAUGAUCUGUUCGGAAGCGGAGUCGGGCAUGCAACACAGAUGGUAUGGGCGGACACUUAUCAGAUAGGUUGCUCUGUUGCAACUUUCAAAGAUAUCCAUAAGAAAACUGGAAGACCGAUCACAAAGAUUUGUGUUGUUUGCCAUUAUUGGCCAAAAGGAAAUUACUUGAACGAACCGAUUUAUCUGGAAGGACAACCAUGUUCAAAGUGCGAGAGCAAGAAAUGUGAUAAGAAAACUGGAUUGUGCAUAUAA